UGAAUGUACACCAAAGUACCACCGGCUGAUCGUAAUAAUGGAGUUGUCACGGUGGCGAUUAAAAGGAAAUAAUUUUAGUUUUAUGACAGACUUACAAUUUUUUCAAUAUUUAUUUAUAUUAUUUGGAUUAUUUAAUUUAUCUGUGUGUUUGUUUGAGGAUCAAAUUGGAAAAUUUGAUUGGAAACAAAAUUAUGUUGGAAAAUUAAAAUUAUCACAAUUUGAUACAGUUUCAACAGCGAAACGUAUUAUUGUUGUUACCGAGGAAAAUGUAGUCGCUGCAUUGCACUUGAAAACAGGUCAAAUAAUCUGGCGACAAGUAUUAGAAAGUGCAAAUCGAAGUCAAAUUGAUUUCUUGCAUGUAGAUAGUGAAGUUAUUACCAUAUCCGCAUUCUCACUAUCCGGUCCGUAUCUAGUACGAGGAUGGGAACCAAUUUCCGGUGGUUUAUUAUGGGAAUGGACAUUCACGUUAGCAAAAAGUACGGAUGUGAAACAAGUUGAUUGGUUAAUUUCACAUGGACGUCUUUAUCAAGUUGUUGCAAAAACAACGGGUCAAGAUUCAUAUUUGGAAGUAACAUCGUAUAAUACACGAACAGGACAGAAUCGUGGUAGUUCAGCCCGAAUACAAGCACCAUGGAUAUCAGAUUCAUCAAAAUGCAUUUUAUCAAAUCCACACUACAUUUGUCUAAACUCCCAAAAAAUAAUAUCCGUGGAUGUUGUAUCCGAAUCCAAUCUAGUAUACACAUUCCCCUUGGUGGAUGCAUUCGAAAAUACCGAAAAUGUGGAGUUAAUCAGCGUGAAUGGUCCAUUACCAAUUGUUAUAUUAAAACAAGGACCCGUACAUAAAUUUAUUAAAAUCACCGAACAACGGAUUCAACUAUUAAAUGAUGAAAUUCAUGGUCAUCAAAAUUUCUUAGUUAUGCCAUACGGUGAUGAUUAUUGCUUGUUACAAGCGAAUUUACGAACACCAGAAUUAUUGGAAAUUAGUGGAACUCUGUUGAGUGAUUUUUCACCGAUUGAUGAAUUGAGUAGUAAAAUUGCAUAUCCAAAAACACAAGGUGUGCCAAUAUUAUCUUCGUCGUUUUGUAGUACACGUAAAGAUAAGGGAGUUGUGUGUCGAUUUUUCUUAAGUACAGAAGAUGAAGCUAUGGUUUUGUUACAAAAUGGAGGUAAAAUAAUAUGGACUCGAGAAGAAUCCUUAGCUAAUAUUAUUUCUGUGGAUCUAUUAGAUUUGCCUGUUUCUGAUCUAGAUGCUUCUAUUGAAAAGGAAUUCGAUAAUAAAGCCAAUACAAAUAGUUUAGGAUUAAUUUCAACAAAUAUUUUUGACAUGUUACAAAGACGUUUGACAAGCCAAAUCAGUCAAUUACAAGCACUACUGUUGACGGUAUUUGGAAUUACUGCACCACAAUCCAAAAAUCAAGCUGCUGGUCUAGUGCGUGAUGAAUUUGGUUUGCAUAAAAUGAUUGUUGUAGCUACACGUAUCGGAAAAGUAUUUGGAAUAGAUAAUAAAAAUGGUGACAUUAUUUGGCAACAACGGUUGGAGAAUAUUAAACCGUUUACGUUAGGUGAUAAACAAAGUUAUCCAUUAUUUGUUCAGCGUACAACAAGACAUUUUCCACAUCCAGCUCAAUGCACGUUACUCGCCAGAGAUCAAGCAACAAAUGAAGGUGUUAUUUUUACAUUUAAUCCAAUAACAGGAUUACCAAUAAAUGGUAUUGGUCCAAUAAGAUUAGGCUAUCGUCUAAAACAAUUAAUGUUGUUACCAGAAGGUGACAAUAAUGCGUUACGUGGUAUUUUAUUAUUGGAUGAAAAUAAUAAUGUUCAUAUAACACCAGAGUCAGCCAUACCAGUGGUUCGAAAAAUGUUAAAACAAAUUUAUUUGUUUAGUGCUGAUUAUUCUACUGGUUUAGUUUCAGGAUAUUCUGUAGCAUUUAAUUCUUUAAAUGAAUUAAAAGCAACACAAACAUGGAGAUUAAAACUAAGUGGACGUGGUCAACAAAUAAUUGAUGUAGUAGUUAAAAAUCCAUUGGAACGGGUACAUUCGCAAGGUCGUGUUUUAGCUGAUCGUUCUGUAUUAUUUAAAUAUAUUAAUCCCAAUUUAGUGGCGAUUGCAACACAAGCUAUGGAUCCAGUUCAUAGACAAAUAUUAAGCAUCUAUUUAAUUGAUGUUGUAUCCGGUUCAGUGAUAUUUUCGGUAACACAUAAACGUGCCCGUGGACCAAUUCAUAUUGUACAUUCAGAGAAUUGGUUAACAUAUUGUUAUUUUAAUGAUAAAUGGCGACGUACUGAAAUCGCAACAUUAGAAUUGUACGAGGGUAAAGUACAAAGUAACAGCACAGCGUUUAGUUCAUUGAAUUCACCAAAGUUACCAAUGAUUGAGCGACAAGCGUACAUAAUGCCAGCAACUAUUUUAACAAUGAAAGAAACAAUUACAGAAAAGGGAAUUACAAGUAAACAUAUAUUAAUGGCUUUAAGUAAUGGUGGUAUAUUGGAGAUGCCAUGGAUGUUUUUAGAUCCACGGCGACCGGUAUCAACACCGCCUGAAGAAGGUGUUGUACCAUAUAUACCAGAAUUACCAGUCCCAUCAGAAGCAAUGCUUAAUUAUAACCAAAGUUUAUCAUCAAUACGUGGAAUACAAACAGUGCCUAGUGGUCUUGAAUCAACAUCACUUGUUUUUGCAUAUGGUUUAGAUAUUUUCUAUACAAGAGUUGCCCCAUCAAAAACAUUUGAUGUAUUAAAAGACGAUUUUGAUUAUUAUUUAAUAACAUUAGUAUUAUUAGGUUUAACGGCCGCAUCAUAUAUAACAAGAUAUUUAGCGUCACGCAAAGCACUUAAACAAGCAUGGAAAUGAUCCUAAUUUUUAUUUUAGGUAUCAAUCAAA